GCAGGCUUGACUGCAUAAAAAGUCAUAUUCCCACCCAUAUACCUGACCUUCCUGAUGUGUUGUUAGCUACAUCUGAAUUUUUCAGAAGAGUCCAAGAGUUCCAAAGAACCGAUCGAGAAACUCAACAAAGAUUUCGAAAACUUUACGACAUCUGCCAAAGUCAGAGAAGGAUCAAGAUGAAGUCUUCCGUACCUCUCCCGGUUUAUAUCCUGACUCUCUUGGCCACGAGUUGCUUUGUCUCAGGUUCUUCUCUCAAAAGAAAGGAGGAUCCGAUGGAAAAGGAAACUGAAUUUGUCAAGCCAAUGAAGGGUUCUUCUCUCAAUAGAAACGAGGAUCCGAUUGAAAAGGAAACUGAAUUUGUCAAGCCAGUGAUGGCUUCUUCUCUCAAAAGAAAGGCGGAUCCGAUGGAAAAGGAAACUGAAAUCGUCAAGCCAAUGAUGGAUGAAUUCGCAGAAGAGCUUCUUAAAACACUGGAAAACAUAGAAGAGGUGGUUGAUCCCUGCCCCGCUGACUGGUCACACUUCAGUGAAUACUGUUACCACGCAAGCAGUUCCCCACGAAAUCAGAGAGAGGCAAGGUCAUUUUGUCAAUCUCUAGGUGGAGACCUAGUGAAGAUAACCAGCGCUGAGGAAAACGAGUUCGUCUUGUACCUGGCAAGGAAGUUUGCAGGGAAUGGUAAACCCACGUGGAUUGGUCUGUUUUGGCAUCCAGAAUCCGUAGCAUAUUACUGGACUGACCGUUCGGUACCAACAUACACCAACUGGGCUCCAGAUGAACCUAAUGGAUUUGCUAAAGAACCUUGUGUAGAGAUGUACACUGGGUCCACGAGGCUCCCCUUCAAAGCAAACGGUUACUGGAACGAUGUUCCUUGUACACCUAAAUACAACACCGUGUGCAAAAAGCUGGCUUAGUUGCAAUGAUAACUAAGUCAUCGUGCAUUCAAAAAUCUUUUCGUUGAGAGCUGGUAAUUAAUUAAAUCAGUGCAAUGCAAAGUAAUUUCGUAAAACUAUUAUGUAGCGUGUUUAAGCUUUCGAUUAUAAUAACAAACCAAGUAGGUUGUGCUUAGUGUGAAUCUUAAUAGUAAUUAGAAAACAACUUGUAACAGCUGAUAAUAAAACUUCGAAAAGAUA